CUCCCUGCGCGACGCGUGGGCAGCCCUCUCUGCGUCUCGUACAUCUACCGCCGCCAGAAGCUUCUUUGGCCUCUUCCAACCAGGGACGGAGGUGGCCGGUAAGAGCUCGUUCAUGGCUGGCUUUGGGCUGGGCUUCCUGGCGUUCGCUCUGAAGAAGCUGCUGCUGCCGGUACUGAUCGGCGCGCAGAUCGCCAAGUCCAUCCUGAUCGCCAUGUUCCUGCCCUCCCUACUGGGCGGCCUGGGCAAGGUGCUCAACAGGGGUGUCUCCACGUUCGCGUCCGCCUCCAGCGCCUCCGGCUCCAACGGCGGCGGCGCGGGCGGCGCCGCCAACUUGGAGGAUUUCGAGUUCAAGGACAACCUGGACGCCGCUGAGAGCAGCUACCCGAGCGGGACGUUCGCCUACCCCGAGACCCCGGGCGUUCUGCCCGCCUCUGCCAUUUACAAAGACCAGUCCGCCGUCAGCAGUUUCAGGCCGACGGCGGCGCCGAAGCUGGGGAUGGGCCUCGGUAACUACUACGGGUCGCGGCCAGCGGUGUUGGGCCCUGGGGUCAAGUCCCCACGGCCGCACGACUUCAAGGUGUUCCAUCAGAUCCCGAAGUCGUCGCUGCUGCUGAGCCACUACGACCCGUUCUACAGCCCUCUGCUGUCUCGGCUCGACAGCGUCUUCAAGCAGCUGGGCAGCGACUCGGAGCCGUGCCGCGAGCAGCUCGUCUGCGAGAUGUACAGCAGCCCAGCGCGCUUCGCACCCUACUCCAACCUCGUCUCCGCCCAGCUCAGCAGGGAACUGAACGAGUUGCGGAAGCCCUCGACGGACAAUUCGGAGAUCCUGCGCUUCUUCCGCUACAUGAAGGCCGCCAAGGACGGGCAGGACGGGCUGCCGUGCGCCCAGCUACACCCCGGCUGCUCCGCAUCGGCGUCGCGGCCGCCGCUGCUGCAGACGUUCCACGACAUCAACAAGCUGGUGCACGCGCGGAGGCUGGGCCGCCUGCUCACAGCAGACUCUCCUGAGACUGAGUCCCAGCCGACCGAGGUCGGCGAGUACGUCACUGCUGAGGCCACGGCUCCACUGCCCACCGUCGCGGACAACAUUCCGAAUCCGACAGCAGAAACAGAGCACGGUAGUUGAGUUUCUGACGCGAUAACAAUGGGAGUACACUACCUCUAAGUACCCACUCCAUCACUGCACUACCAAAUGAAGUAAUCAGAAACGUGUCUUUCAUUCCCAAUCAGGUACUUCUGUGCGACGCUUUUCGGCAUUCAAUGUAGUUCAUUUUUUUGUAUAUCUGAAUAUGGUCCUCAGUCUCCGCCACACAAAUGUAGUCCAUUUGGUGGUCUAGUUUCAUUUUUGUGCGCGAAAUUCGUCUUCUGUUGAUAUAUCAAAAAUCUUUAUUACGUUUUAACUAAGUGACGGCAACUGCACCUUGUCUUGUCCACAGAUUACACUGCCGAAACUCUCGAAGUUCCAUUUAAAGAAACGACUAAAAAGAUACGCACUGAACACUUUUUAACUCCCACAGAGCAUUUAUUCAUUUGAUCCAAAUUUACAAUUUGCAGUAUAUGAAUGUGCAUACAAUUCAUUGUUGCUUUGCUGAUAAUUGCUACCAUUCAACAGCUAAAUUUCCCAAGACUCGUAUUUAUUUAUAUCAACUAAUGAAAAAGUCCACUACACUGACAAUUGCGUAAUCAGUAAUUACUAUUGUGAUUACUGGUAUAGAUCAAACUGAGUGUUAUAUUAAUUAUGGGAUAAACAGAGCUUUGGUUCUCUUUGUGAUUACCUUAUUAGCAUGGAAGAUUUUAAGGGAUAUCUUGGAGGUCACAACAGAGCAGGACAUUUGCCCAAUUGCGAUUUAUGGCUGUCAGCAUUUUCUUUUUUAAUGACACAGGUUUCUGGCAAAUAUGGCAUUUGUAAAGCAUUCAUAAGUAAGUUCCAAAGCACUAUAAAUGAAAUGGAAACUAAUUUUUAAAUUGCAGUUAGGAAGAACAAGAGAAGUGACAUGAUCACUGAUUCAAAGUCCAGAAAAAUGUUCUUAUGCAGGUCGUAUUUAUUACUAUAUGUAUUUUCGUAAUGAUAACAGUUCAGUCCCUCAAACAAACAUGAAACCAUCUUUUUUUCUUUUUUAUGGAAACAUGAUCACUUUUCAUAAGGUAAUUUUGAAAGCAUUAGAUUUGAAACUACCAUAUGAAAUUGAUGACGAUGAUAGUGUGUAAUUAUAAUAAACAAUAUGCAUAGUAAUGCUGCUGUU